AUGUCCUGCCGGUGCUGCGCCGCUGCCAACGGGGAUGGUACCGGCGGAGGGGUGCUCGGCGUCGCCUCCGGCGUCUCCGCGGUCCUGUCCAUGGCUGUUAUCACCGUCGCUAUCACCACUGGAGAGUGGCUGCUGACGGAGGAGCGCCUCCCCAGGGCGCCCUCGGCCAACGCAUCCACCGAGCCCGACAGCAAGCUCACCUACAGCGGACUCUGGAGGGUCUGCGUCGCCAUAAGCUCCCUGAUGGAGUACGAGUGCUCGAGCAUCGACUAUUUCCCGAACGAGGAGUACAGCCCCGACCCCAGCGACUCCACCAUGGCGAUCCCAUAUGCUGUUACCAAAUCCGCCAUGUUCUUCUUCGGGGCCACAUUGUUGCUGGUCGUGGCUGAGGUCUGCUACUUUGCCGCCCACGUGGCUCACCCCAAACACCGACUUUGCGUCUUCGUUGCGGGGGUGGUCUUCAUCGUUUCAGGGUUGCUCAUGCUCGUGGGCAUGGUCAUGUACAUAUCCGUGUUCAAGGCCGAGGUCGGCAGCAAGCUGAGGCCCAGGUCGUCCUUCCAGGGUCCACCGUUCAUCUAUCGGUAUGGGUUCUCCUUUCUCCUAUACGUCAGCGGGUUCAUCACCAUCGAGGUCGCAGGGACUUCCGCCAUCUUUCUGUACAUAUCCUGGCACCAGCAGGAACUGGUCCAGGAGGCGUCGCGACGCAAGAGCUACAGGGGUGUGUACCACCUGGAGAACCACGUCAACCACUCCCACGGGAGCUUCCUCUGCGAGCGCCACCAGAAGAGAUACUUCUUCGGGAGGGACUCGGUCGACCACGUGGACUUUGACGAGUUCCUGCCCCCUCCUCCUAGCCUGGACUACCAGGAGUACCCUCGACAGUUCCCGAGGGACCUGACCAAUCAGACGGUGAGCACCACCGCCGACGUCCUGCAGGAAGAGUAUAGUCCCAGCAUCCAGCACGAAUUCGUGACUUUCGACCUCGAAGAGCCCGUGCCCCCGCCCCCGCCCCUGCGGACAGGUGACUGGACGAUGGACGCCCUGAGGAGGACGACCCCCGUCUGAUACAGCGUUAGGUACGCGAGGCUGGUGCAGAGGCUCGAGAGCGACG